CAUUUCCCAGAAUGCACUUCGGGGGAGGAAAGGAGGAAGGAAACAGCAAGGUCAGAAGAAGAAGCACAAACAAGGGGGAAGGUUUUGCCGCUUGACCGCCUAUGAUCUCCGCCGGCCUCUUGGUGCUCGGCCGGACUCUCCGCCACCCCGCUUCCUUCUCGGCCCGAGCCUUCUCCUCUCCGUCCGGAUCCAUGGAAGAGAAGCCGGUGGAGGCCGGGAUCCGUUCCAAGCUCCAGCGCGCCUUGGACCCGGUCCACUUGGAGGUGGCCAACGACAGCCACAUGCACGCCGUGCCGCGGGGCUCGGAGACCCACUUCCGGGUGAUGGUGGCCAGCCGGCGCUUCGAGGGCCUCUCGCUCAUCCACCGGCACCGGCUGGUCAACGACAUCCUCCGGGAGGAGCUCUCCGGCCCGGUCCACGCCCUCUCCAUCCAAGCCAAGACCCCGGAGCAGUGGGAGAAGAACCCCCAAGGCAUCGAGGCCCCCAAGUGUUUGGGGGGAUCCAAGCACGACCCGCAAAUGGGCACCAAAACGGAGACAGCAUGAUUAAAGCGGCAUCCCUUUUGGGAACCGAUUCCCCGACCCAUUCGUCUCCAAUGUGCUCUGUUUACCAGUGCCUUCGGUUCAUUAAUUUCCAAAUGUAUGGAUUUACAUGAUUCCUGGUUUGGGAGGAAAGGGAAUUAUAGUAUUUGGGGCCAUGUCAGGUUUACUCGUGCAACUAUCAGCCCCUCUCCCAUACUGACACAGCACAUAGCCGAUCCUGGAACUUUUCAUUAUGUUUAUCGUUGUGUGUUUCUUGGACACACAUUAUAUCACUUUUCUUAUCUCGGCACAGUUCAUAGUUGUUCUUUGGCAGCUGACAUGCCUUCAAUGUUGAUUGGGAUUAUUGACAUAGUUGUCCUGAAAAGGUCCGUUGUUUGGUUUAGUUGCAUGCUGCAAGUCACUCCUGGUUUGAGAGAAUCAGCCGUCUACGAAGACGUCACCCAGGGGACAAUAAAGAUGUAUCUUCA